AUGCUUAAAUUGACAACGACGCCCACCGCCAUUGCUGCUGCUUCUGUCAUUUUUACCAAGCUCAUUCCCUUUCUCUUCCAUACUCUAAUAACUCAAUUGACCAAGAAUAUCAACUCUGUUCCAUUAUUUACACAACAUCACAAAAAGCUGUCCAAGAUGCCUUUCGCUUUCGAAAUCUCCAACUCAUACGGCUUCGUCCUGGCCGCCGCCACGUCCGCCUUCUUCGUCAACGUCCUGCACAUGGCGCGCACCGGCAAGUUCCGCAAGGCCAGCGGCGUCGCCUAUCCCAACGCCUAUGCUUCUCACGAGCAGGCCGAGAAGGACCCCAACGCGUACAAGUUUAACUGCGCCCAACGCGCCCACAACAACUACACCGAGAGCCUCGUCCCCGCCGUCGGCUCCCUCCUGAUCGCCGGCCUCAACUUCCCCGUCGCUUCUGCCCUCCUCGGCGCCACCUGGUCCUUUGGCCGCGUGGUCUACCUCUACGGCUACACCAGCAACGCUGGCCCCAAGGGCCGAUCAUUUGGUGCUUAUUUCUCCGGUGCUGCGGAUCUUGCUCUCAAGGUGAUGGCUGCUUAUACCUCUUACCUGGUUAUUACAAGCAACUAA